UUAGUAAUGUGCAAUGGAUAGAGCCUUUCUUUCAAAUCCCAGGGCAGCAGGUCCUUCAAGGCUAGCAUUGCAUUUUCAAUUAGUUGCUGAGUGAAUGCUUGGCCUGUGUAUUAGCGAAGAGGCACACAAUUAGCUUGUUAUUCCUCUCCGUAUUGUGCUGAGCGGAUCCCAAGGACUGGUGGGGGAACAGGCAAGCCGGACACCACUGGAUGUUGAAGAAGGGAGUUACUCAAACCUCGGCAUCUUCACUUGCUCAGUCUGCAAUUACAGCCGUUUGUUACGAAGCACUGUGUGUGGCUUGGUGGGGUGUGCCUAAGGAAAUACAUCACGGAUACCACUUGGGGUUAGGCUUUCUGAGCUCUUUUCAUCUUUGACUAAUUCUCAGCACUGUCAUGGAGCCCAACAGCCCCAAAAAGAUACAGUUUGCUGUACCUUUAUUCCAGAGUCAGAUUGCACCUGAGGCAGCAGAGCAGAUCAGGAAAAGAAGACCUACACCAGCGUCACUUGUGAUUCUCAAUGAACAUAACCCCCCAGAAAUAGAUGAAAAGAGGGUGACCAACACACAAGAACCACAGAACGCGUCCCCGAAGCAGAGGAAGCAGAGCGUGUAUACACCGCCCGCCAUGAAAGAUGCUGCGUUGCAAAUGUCUGCUCACUAGCCCCUCCCAAUGGCCUGCUGUGUCUCAAACUCAAUCCACCUACAACUUCCUGCGUUUUCUUUCUCAAACAGGACCCACUGGCUUCUCCAGCUCUUAGAAAUAGCACCACUGUCUCCCAUCUCUAAAGAUUCUAAACCUCAGUAUCACUCAGAUCUCCUCCUUUGUUGUCACAUUUAAGAAGCCACUAGACUCGUCCUACACAGUCUACUUGAGAGCAGUUCACUCAUUCUAUUCACUUGAUCCCUUACAGUGUACCUUAGCAUGGUUCAUCUGUUGUAUUCUCACUUAUUCCUUUCCUGGUCUGGCCCUCUUUAAUAUUCACACAGAAGAAAAAUAGAACAAUACAUAGUAAAUCACAGUGAGCAUCCACACGUGCACAAACACGUAAACACAGAAGUACUGCUAUUUUUCUUUUAAUUUAGACUUUUGUGCUUUCAACUAGAUCUUUUGUGAUUUCAAUGAAAAAUAUGGAAUGUAAUCUAUAAAUAGCCUUAUUUAUUGGCUCUGCAUAUGAAUGACUCCAUUGAAGAAAAAAGGUUUGAAGGGAAAAAAAGAUAUUUCAUAUAUAUAAAUUGAAGUUAUACUUAUCCAUAAAAUUUUUAUAAACAACUAAAUAAGGAUCUUGUAAAAGUUUUCAGCACAGUCUCUGUCUAAACAUUAUUACAUACAAUUUUAGGAUCACAUUGGCACAAAUUCUGUAAAAUUCCUAUUGCAAUGUUGCUUUAUUUGAUGGUUUGCUUCAUUUAAAUUAUAUUCUAGAUUCUGUGGGCUUUCAGCAAGGAAGUGUGGUUUGAGUGCAGAAUUUGGUUUGUAACAUUGUUCCAAACAGAGCAGCAAGUGUAGUAGUCUUCCUGAGUGCAGUGCCACCUACUGCCCAAAUUUAUAAAAAUGCAGAGGAAAGUGAGACUUUUAAUAGUGAGUGCUCAAUGGAUUGUAGCUGUCAGUAUUAUAUGAGUUUUGUUUAUGUCUUAGUUUCUAGGUGAAUAAGGAUAAAGAGCCUUAACCCCUUUUCAUUCUUCCAAAACGGGAUACAUUCCAUUAUGGUGCACAAGUUAUAUGAAGCAUCUGGACAGGAAGUGACAGAACACUGUGAUAGAAACUCUUUCUGUCCUUAUAUUUCUCUUACUAGAAUAAUUAAUACAUAUGCUGCCCCUAGUCUGUGCUGAACUGUAAAGGACAUUGUAUCAGAUGAUAGUGGUCACUCAGUUAAAUGAAGGAGAGUCCACUAAUUCUGAGAUACAACUACCAGAGUUAAAAUACAGGUGAGCUUUACUUACUUCUGCGUGCCAUAGGUACAUUUUCAAAAUUUGGUCAUCAAUAAAAACUCUUGCACUUAGCAGGACUUACACUAACUGUGUCUUGUAUGUGGUCAGAAACACUCAGACCACUCUUCACAAGCACCUAGCACCCAUGUGAGGUAAUGCCCAUUUUACUAUGGUGACAAACUUUCUUAUGUGCUUAUUACCAAAUUUUAUGCUCACAUAUUAAGUCAUAAAUGUCAGGGAGAGAACUUGCAUGUACAGAAAAUUGGAAAAUCCUGUUCCCAACAAGUUCUCACUGUAUACAAACAUAUAUAUGUGCUUAAAGUCUUUAAAAAACCCCUCUUUUUUUCUACCAAUGGCUUAAAGAAAUAAAGAGAAAGCAAUUACUCUGACAAAGCAGAUGCAGCAGAUUGAGAUUUGAACAGAAUUAUUAUUAUCCUUUAUGUAGCACUCUGUUUCCCAUAAUGACACACAAUGAUGUUGUUUAAGAAUCUUAUGAUAUAGUCAGGUAUUCUCACUUCAGCAUGCAAAGAAUAGAAACAUACUCAUAAAGUAAUGGAUAAAUGCAUGCAGGUGAAAUUGAAGAUCAUUUGUCUGUAAAGUGACAGGACUUAAGUGUUCAAGUAUGUUUCAGAAUAUUUCUGACAGAAUAUAAUGCACAUUGCAUUUAUUUGGCAUGAAUCACAGUUAUAAUGUUAUCCUGAGGAAUGAAGGUCCUAGUCUUGCUGAAUUUCAGCCUGCCCUGGUAAGAGAGCCUUAGUUGUAAGGGAGGCAUGGUUGUGAGCACAGAAUUCAUCCUGAUACACACAUUUAGUUACUGCAUUGCUUUUACUGGCUCAGAAGAACAUGGAUUCAAUAGGUCCUGAGUAUGUGCUGAUAUUCUGGUAAAAGAAAUAAAAAUUUCAGGCUGGGAAGAGCAGUUUUAAUACAUGUAUUGUCAGGCCUUGAAGUCCUCAGCAAUGUUAUAGGGGAACCUCAGAAAUCAUCUGUACAUGAAGAGGGAUAGGGCCUCCCGUCUUGUGUUGUCCCAGAACACCCGUACCUUGGUGACAGGACUGCAUUACAGAGCAUACGAGGCACCAAUGAGAAACUCAGCACCUUGGAGUCUGGUGACACCCAGUGGGAGACCACAGCACCUAUUGGCACAGAGUCAAUACAUCCCAACUGGGAUGCACUGAUGUGUGAACUAGGGAGGGCCAGAGGAGGCCGUGGGACAGGAACGGAGCGCAGUAGGUUUUCGAAGGGACUUAGUUGGCUUCAACAGUCAAGAAGCUUUGAGGGAUUUGUGACACGAGGAUCUCACUAAUCCUGCAUGUUGCUCAAGUCUAGAAAAAGUCAAAUUAGAAAAAAAGGGAUUAGAGUUUUCAUACUUUCAAUCGUAUAGAGGUUUUGGUGUGCAUCUUACAAACAUCACAGUUCAAUAAUUAAAAGGAAAAUUAAUUUUUCACUACGUAUUUUAUUUUUCAAGCUAUCAUACACAUCCAUUUCCACACACAUAAACGUGUACACAUAGUGCUGUUCAAAAUAGUAAAAGGUUUUGAAGAUUCAUGGGUAGUUACUAAUAUUUUUCUCUAAAAUAUUCACCAGUAUUUUAUGCAGCCUUCCCCUCUUUACUGCUAUUGGACUAUCAGUAUGUAUGGGCCAAAGAUGGUCUCUAAGAUCAUUUUAUAAGAUCAUUAAGUUCGGCUUUAAUUCACCUUUGACAAAAUGAGAAAUGCCUUGUCUUCCAUCGAAUCUAGCUUCUCACACUAAAAACAAUCCCCUGAAGAAUUGGCUGUGUGUAAUGUUAUUCCUGCCUAAGGCAACUGUCUGCUCUGACUGCGGACAGAAUCGACCCCACUUAUAUUUGUUCGAGUUCAAAUAUUUGUAGUUUAUAUCCAGCGAAUACAUGAUCCUGCAACAUGCCACGGGGGAAAUUUUAGAGACAGAGGAAGAAGCUGAUCAUAUAACACACGUUUGUUCCACUUUGUCCUCCAGUAUCUGUUAGGUUUUUGGUCAAAUGAAAAUGUACUGCUAAAUACUUAGAGAAGGGAACUCUAGAUGGGUCAUAGAUUAAAAUUUCUAAAUGAUACCAUAAAAUAACCUAGAAGACAAUGUGGAUACCUAUAAGUCUGGACAAAUAAAUAUAUUUAGAAAAUAUAUGUAAAACAUAAAUAAAAAGUGUUGUAAGCGCUCACAAAGACAGAAGUAAGAAACCAUGAAGGAGGGCGACUCAGAAUGCUAUAGAAUUUUUAAAAAUUUUAAUUUGCAUGAGUGCAUGUCUCCAGUACACCAUGAUCAUAUCUGUCAUGGGGAGUUGAUACGUGUGCGUAACACAUCUCAAUUUCUUUUUAUGUCCCUUUCCUUCUCUUUUUGCCCCUCUUUUUCCCUUUAUAGGCCUCCUCUCCAUUUCCAAAAGAUCUGAUAAGUAAGUGACAAGUGAACAGGAUGUUGUCAUUAACAUAUCUAGAGCUCCCUUAAGUCAAGGAAAAAUAACACUGAUUUUAAAGAAAGAUGAAAAUGUGUGAAUAGGCACUU